CGCCCCACCCGUGUCCCGAGCGAUGGCGGCGAACCGCGUGGGGCGGCGGCAGGGGCGGGGGGGGGGGGGAUCCCCGCAACCCCCCGCCCGCAGCCCCGGGCUCCAGCGCCGACCCGCCCGGGUGACGGUCAAGUACAACCGGCGGGAGCUGCAGCGGCGGCUGGACACCGAGCAGUGGAUCGACGGGCGGCUCGAGGAGCUCUACCGGGGGCGGGAGGGGGAGAUGCCGGAUGAGGUGAACAUCGACGACCUCCUGGAGCUGGAGACAGACGAGGAGCGAGCCCAGAAACUGCAGGGCAUCCUCAAGUCCUGCACCGCCGACACCGAGCAGGACUUCAUACGGGAGCUCCUCACGCAACUGAAGGGGCUGCCGAAGCAACAAGUCCUACAGCGACUCAGCCCGGAUGAUCCCAACCUCCCCCCCCCGUGAGCCCUCCCCGCCCCACUCGUGACCGUGGGGGGGGGGGUCACCCCACUUCCAGCACCCAUUUAGGGGUGCCCCGCCCCCCCGCCAGCACCCGCUGUACAUUAUUUAAACCCACCCACUAUGUAAAUCCUUUGACACCCCCCUGCCGCCUCCCACACCCCCACACCCCCCCUCCCACACGGAAUAAAAACUCGCUGUGCC